AUGAUAAUUUUGGCUUUUCUCUUUGUUGAAUCUCUCCAAAAUGGAAAUGCAACUGAAAAUAGCAAUGUUCAGGCUUUACAACCAUUAACAAAAGAAGGAAAACCAAUUGUUAUUGUAUCAAAUACAACAAAUUCUACUCAAAACCUAAAUCAUACUUCGGAAUCUCUUGUUCCAGAAAAUAAAAAGCAAGAAGAACAACAGAAAGUUGAAGAAAAAAAUGAAACACAAAAAAUAGAAACUCAAAUUAAAGAAAAUACUGAUAAAAAAGCUGAUUCACCAAAUCAACUAAAUGAAACUACAAAUAAAACCAAAGAUAAUAACGCCGAAAUUGUAAAACAACCAAAUACAACAAUAUCAUCUGAAAAUUCGACCACUGAUCAGGUAAAAACGCAAAACUCGACUCAAAUAAGCAAAGAAAAUACAGAAAUUAAUCAAAAUGAGAAGCAAAAAGAGCCAGAACAAGAUAAUAAAAACAAAAUCGAGGAAACGCAAAAUCCAAAGCCAGAAAAAGAAGAAAAUACUACAAAGGUCGAAGAUAUACCACAAAAUGAUGAAAAACCGGAUAAAAAAGCCGAAUCCCAAAUAUCUACAAAUAAGAACGAAAUAGCUGUUAUUGAAAGCAAGGAAGAAGUAAAGGAAGUGGAAGAAAAGCAUCCUGAACCAGCUAAAACUAAAAUUAUUGGUCAGAAAGUCGUAAUUAAAAAAGAUGGUGUUGAAAAGAUAGAAAAAGCAGAAAAAGAGCAUAAAAACGAAAUCAAAAAUGAGAACAAGCGUGUUCCAAUUGUAGAAGUCAAGAAUGCAGGCAUGAAUCCAGCAUAUAAAGUUAUAAUUUGCGGCAUAAUACUAGCAAUCAUUGGAACAGCUGGAUAUGUCGCAUUCAAGACGAUUUCGCAGUCUCCAAGACAGGCAACGCUUGAAGAAAGUGUUCCUUUCAAGUUUUCAAUGAAUCAGGAAAAUGAUCACAAUGAUCUCUCAAAGCACGGCUUUAGCCCACUUUAA